CCUUACCCUUCCGCGUCCUUCUGAAAGCGGAAUUGGUACUAUGGUAGCGUUUCAACUUCGAUUAUGUCAUGUUGGACAUUGCUCGACUUUUUUGGUUACGUCUAAGUUUGGCAAAGAUACCACCAAAGCAAAAAGACAUAUCUUUCAGUAUGUUGAUUACAAUCAUUUACCGCCCAAUGAGCAAAAACGUGGCACAAUCAUCCGUGGUUUCAGGCCGCAUCCGUGGUUUCAGGUGGAUCACCGGUUUCAAGUCAUGUGCUUUCCAGGCACAGAGGAGCUCUAUGACGAGAUCUUGGAUCGCCUUCGCAAUAUUCCAGACCAAGUCUGGCAGAAGGACGGGCGCCGUCUGAAUGUGUUGCCCGAAGGGGAGACACGUUCCAAACAGCUGAUUUUGGGAUUGGUCACAGCGCAGGCCUUCAGGAACUUGCCCACGAUCUCCAAGGAGACCUGGUGCCUGAGUCAGCUGACGAAGAUCCUCCUGGUCUACAUCAACCGGUUGGCAAAGGAGAAUGGGUGGGGCAAGAUCCAUGGCAGCACCCUGCAGCUGACCAAAAACCUGCAGACGGUAGAGCACCAAGAUCAGAACAACGGCGGCAAGAGCUACGGCACCACCUUCGGCGAGCACACCGGUGGCGGCCUUUGGGUGGAAGAUGCCAAUGGAGAGGAGCAAGUUGCCUUCCCAGCACACCUGAAGAAGGAGGGUAGCCCGGAAGUGCUUCGAGGCAAUCGGCAUCAGCCUCGCCGUGCGCUGGUGCAGUUUGAUGGCAACAGGAUCCAUUGCACCUGUCCAUUCCAAGGAGAACGCUACGCAGUUAUCCUGUUCGGUUUGAAGCCUGGUGCCAUGGAAAAGACCUCGGAGUUGAACCAGGCGUUUCUGUCCAUCCUGGGCUUCAACCUGGGGCUGGGCGGUCCUCCUCCGAGCCACCAGCACCUAGAGUUGGGCCGUCGCGCAGCGUUUCGCCAACGUGUGGAUUACCAUCCACCCCGCGUGCCCCCCAUGUUCACCCGGGGAAAGAAAAGAAAAACGGCCUGAGGCCGUUGCUGUUCUUUUCUGUGGUUUGUUCUUAGCCCUGUGGAUCCACCACGCUUGGGCCGUGGGUCAUGUGUACACAUCGACGUCUACCCGCGUCUUCGAGUCCCGUGCCGAAAGCGAAAAA